AAAGCGUAAUUUGAAUACAGCUGCAGCGGGAAAUUAUUUUUCAUUUUGAUUUCGAAUAUUAAAUAAGUUAGUUUGUUUUUAGUGAAGAAAAUGGGAGCGAAACAAACAAAAAUCGAUGGCAGUUACCUACCAAGCACACCUGUUGCGCAAUAUCCAUCCUCUCAAUUCGUUAAUAUGAAUUUUAAUACUGAAAAUAGCUUGGAUCCAAGAUCACCAGCUGGAUGUCGGACUCCAAUUAAUCUUCCUAGUAAACGCAUUGAUACAAAUAUGCAAUUGGCCCCUGUGGAAAUGCCUGAACGUGACCCUAAUUCUGAUAAUGCCUUAGAUACUCUGCGUAAACGUUUCUUCAAGGGCUUCACAUGUAACCUCAAUGAUCCAAGGUCACCAAGUCUAAAUCUCAAUCGUACACCUUUAGUUUUUGAAGAUUCCCUUGAAAAAUCUCUUAGCCUUGAUGAUACAUUUGCAGAUCUUUUAGUAGAUCCACGUUUGCCAGAUGCUCUAAACGAAGUAAAGCCUUCAGAAGAGAUUUCCGAAGAUAAAUGCGAGGAAGAUGUCGAUAUUGAAAUGCCAGAAGAAAAGGUAAUUUUAGAAUUAGACAAACCAGAGUCAGCUCCUCAGACUCCUAUAGCUCUGCAACAAGAAUUCGAUCCACGUUCUCCGUCAAUAGGAGUAGAUAGAACACCCAUUAUUUUUACUGAUGAUGAUGCUGAUGAAACAAACGAAGAUGUAAUGCUUGAAAGCAUAUUAGCUACUUUAUCGCUUAAUCUUAAUACAAGCGGAAAUAGCAGUAUCGUAUCAAUUACACCACAAAAUGUCAAUGUAGAUUUCAACGAUACAAAUGAUCUUCAUGUUGUGGCUAAGCCCAUGAACAAACACUUGGAUCGUGUGAGAGCUGGUAAGAAAAGCUCAUCAAAAGCCACUCAUCGUAAGCCAAAGAGACGUCAGUCACGUCAACAAAUUUAUGAAGAUCGGGAAAACCAUAUGCCAACGACACCAAAAUUGAAAGUCGUCACUCAAAACAAUAAAAAUGACUCGGCAAAUGGCAAACGCACUCCCCUGAGUUGUGUUCGCAAUCGUAAUGGCACUCAAGGUCGUUCGCGAUCUGUAGAGUCGUCUGCCAAAUCAUUUAAAACUCGUCUAGCUCUUACUAGUUUCGAUGAUACUUUAAAUCCUGCUGCAAAUAAUAAGGUACCUUCGUUGCGAAUCAUGCAGCAAGGUUCACAGGAUUCCAUUGAACUUUAAUUAUUGUUUUAUUAUAGAAUUUUUUUAUAUUUGAAUUCAUUCAUUUUCACUCAUUCAUAUUUUUAUUCACUAUUUUUUCAUAAACAUAUUUUAAUUAGCGUAUUCAUUUCAUAUAUUACGAUAGUUUUAUUAUAUUUACAUUAGUAUUUUUCUGCAAGAUACUAUACACCACAUCUGUUGUAAAGUCUGAUUCAACGAUGUCCAUUAUGCCUUACAUUUGGAGGUUACAAACAAUAUAAUAUUGUUUUGUCUUUUAUAUUAUAAAAAUCUUAUAAAAAAAUAAUAAAUACUAUUCACACUUAUUUUACAUA